AUGAAUAGGUCUAACAACUCAAGCCAAAUUAUUCUUCGUCUCAAUGAAAUCACUGCUAAUAUCUAUCGAUCUAGUUUUCCUCCUUUGAUUAUUUUUGGUCUUAUCGGUCAUGUAUUUGAUAUAAUUAUAUUUACACGACCAAAACUUAUUUCAAAUUCAUGUUGUAAUUAUUGUCUUGCAUCAUCAUGUGUUUCUAUAAUACAAAUCCUAUUUGGUCAAUUCUUUCGUUUGUUAAAAGGUGGCUUUUAUAUGCCAAUACCAGUUCUUUGGUGGUGUCGAGUACGUGUAUUUUUCUUAUAUUCAGCUUACUUGGCAUCAACAACUCUAAUCACACUUGCAUCUGCCGAUCGCUUUGCGUCAUCAUGUUCUCAAGUAAAAUAUCGUCGAUGGGCUAAUGUUAAAGUUGCACGACGUUUGAUUCCAAUUGUUUUAAUUAUUUCCGGUCUUUCCCAGUCACAUAUGUUAGCCUUAUUUGUUGUUCAUAGAGAUGGCGAAAAAGAAUGUUGGGCUCCAAGACACUCUCAUUAUCGCUUAGGUUAUGAUAUUAGUUUUCUUAUUGUUCAUGGAAUCAUAUUUCCUGUACUAUUGGGUACAUUUGGGUUUCUAACAAUAUACAAUAUCAGUCGGCGAUGUCGUUUUGAUCAACAAAAUGGACCAUCAAGUUUGAGACGUCAUCGUAUUCGAGAUUUUCAACGCAUGACACUUGUUCAAACAGCUUGUGCCAUUGCAUUGACUCUUCCAUUUGCUGUCCAUAAAUUAUAUCUAACAGUAAAUACUUUCGAGUUGAAAACUCCUGAAACAUUAGCAUGGGAACUAUUGAGCAUGUCUAUAGUACGAUUGCUUUGGUUUUUUCAUGAUAGUGGUGCAUUUUACAUAUAUUCACUUUCAUCCGUUAAAUUUCGUCAUGAACUAUUUAAAUUUCUUGAUGAAUAUCUACCUCGAAGAGCUCCAAGACAUUCUCAUUAUCGCUUAGGUUAUGAUAUUAGUUUUCUUAUUGCACAUGGACUUAUCUUUCGUGUUCUAAUGAGUAUAUUUGGUUUUCUAAUGAUAUACAAUAUACGUCAACGAUGUGAUAAUGAUCCAGAAAAUAGACUAUCACACUUAAAAUGUCAUAGUAUUCAAGAUUUUCAAUGCAUGACACUUGUUCAAACAGCUUGUGCCAUUGCAUUGACUCUUCCAUUUGCUAUUAAUAAAUUAUAUCGAACAGUUAUUAUUUUCGAGUUGAAAACUUCUGAAAAAUUAGCAUGGGAACGAUUGAGCAUGUCUAUAGUACGAUUGCUUUGA